AAGCAAGAAAAGUUAUUUAAUUUUCUCUGCUAAGCUUUGCAUUCCGGGAGAGAGAGCGAGAGAUAGUCCAAGAUGGUCCUGAAACAUCUCCUUCGAUCUAAUCUCACUUCCCAGGCUGGUGAAUUUGUAAGACAUGUUGCAGCUUCUGGAAGGUUGCAGGGGAAUCAGCACCGGAUCCCUGUACUUGCCCGAUUUUACAGUGCAGAAGCAUCUCUGCAGAAAGAAGAUUCAGCAGUUGAGUUCAAGGACCGAAAAGACUUUAAAGGACAUGAUAUGUUGGCACCAUUCACUGCUGGGUGGCAGAGUGAUUUAAAUCCUCUGGUUAUUGAAAAGUCCGAGGGUUCUUAUGUGUAUGAUGUCAACGGGAAGAAGUAUCUUGAUUCCCUGGCUGGUCUAUGGUGCACAGCUUUAGGUGGAAAUGAACCCCGACUUGUUGCAGCUGCAACUGCACAAUUGAACACCUUGCCAUUUUAUCACUCCUUCUGGAAUCGUACCACAAAACCCUCCUUGGAACUCGCAAAAGAGCUUCUUGAGCUCUUUACGGCAAGCAAAAUGGGGAAGGCCUUUUUUACAAAUAGUGGAUCAGAAGCUAAUGAUUCUCAGGUGAAGUUGGUUUGGUACUAUAACAAUGCACUGGGAAGGCCAAAUAAGAAGAAAUUUAUUGCACGGCAAAAAUCAUACCAUGGGUCAACUUUGAUAACAGCUAGCCUUUCUGGCCUUCCAGCUCUUCAUCAAAAAUUUGAUCUGCCUGCACCAUUUGUGUUGCAUACUGACUGCCCACAUUAUUGGAGGUUUCAUUUGCCAGGAGAGACGGAGGAGGAGUUUUCUACCAGAUUAGCUAAUAAUUUGGAGAAUCUUAUACUUAAAGAGGGACCAGAGACGAUUGCUGCAUUCAUUGCCGAGCCUGUAAUGGGUGCUGGAGGUGUAAUCCUACCACCUGCAACAUAUUUCGAGAAGGUUCAAGCUGUCUUGAAAAAAUAUGACAUUCUCUUCAUUGCAGAUGAGGUGAUAUGUGCCUUUGGAAGGCUAGGAACAAUGUUUGGUUGUGACAAAUACAAUAUUAAACCAGACCUUGUCUCCAUAGCAAAGGCUCUUUCAUCUGCAUAUGUGCCCAUUGGUGCAGUUCUUGUGAGCCCUGAAAUAUCAGCAGUCAUACACUCGCAAAGCAACAAACUUGGUAACUUUUCCCAUGGAUUUACUUAUUCUGGGCAUCCGGUUUCCUGUGCUGUAGCACUGGAAGCAAUCAAAAUAUACAAAGAAAGAAAUAUUGUUGGGAAAGUCCAGAGCAUUUCCCCAAGGUUUCAAGAUGGAGUCAAAGCCUAUUCUGAUAGUCCAAUUAUCGGGGAGAUACGUGGAACGGGCUUGGUUCUUGGGACUGAGUUUGCUGACAAUAAAUCACCUAAUGAUCCAUUCCCUCCUGAAUGGGGCAUAGGUGCAUAUUUUGGAGCCGAGUGCGAGAAGAGAGGAAUGCUAGUAAGAGUUGUUGGGGAUAACAUACUGAUGGCCCCUCCGUUUAUAAUCUCCCCUGAAGAAGUUGAUCAGUUAAUAAGCAUCUACGGAGAGGCGCUGAGAGCCACUGAAGAGAGGGUAAAGGAGCUCAAGUCCAAGCAGAAGUAGCAAUGAAUAAAGAAGAAUUUCAAUUUUAAUGGUCAUUGCGGAUAAUGUCGAAAAUAUGUCAAUUUAUGUAAAUGGAAAAUCUCUAGGCUGUAAGUUGAUGAUUAUAUAUAUAUAAAGAUCAUCUGAUGACUCUUCUCUCUCGUGGAUUAUUGGCUAUGAAGUUGGUUGAUUUGAGGGCAACUCCAUCAAAUAAACUGGCAUGUUCUCUGGUUUCACACA